AUCCUCCAUCCAUCGCUUCAUCACCAGAGCAAGAUGGCCAGGCUCCUGAGGAUGUUCAGGAAGAAGGCUCUGCAGGCGGCCCCAGAGCCUGUGGAAAGCAGCUGCCAUCUUCCCCAGGAGCCGAGCGGCCCAACCGUCCCCAAUGGCGGGGAAGGAGCUCGCGGCCGGGCCCAGAGGUGGAAGUGCCCAGCCUUCUGGAAGAGGAAACCUGCUCCCGGUGCAGGCGCCGAGGUGGGAGAGGCACCGUCAAGGCCAAAAUGGAGCUGGGCCAGGAUGCAGCUGGGCAAGCAGGACCCAGCCCUGGUGCAGAACCGGGCAGGGUGGUUCUGGGGCUUGUUGUGUGGGCAGCAGCAGCCCCAGGAGCCCAGCCCCGAUUUCCAGCAGGAGGCAUCGCCCUGCCCGGUCAGUGGGGACCUUCCAGCCUUCCCAGGGCAGGAGGUGGAGGAUCCCUCUCCCAGCCCCAGCAGCUCGGCCCGCUUCCUGUGGGACAACAGCAGCACCUGGAACUUGGACAGCAGCGAGGCCGACAGACGCUUCUGCUUUAUUCCAGAGCUGAGGACAGACAGGUCUGAGGAGCAGAGCAGGAGCUAUGGGAAGGAGAAGAGCAAUAUGAAGAUGGAGUGUAAGAUGAGGCCAGGUAAGUUCUGUGGAGGGAGACAUGCUGGACAGGGCCUAGGAUUGGGGAGACAAGCAGGUGUGAGCCCCGGGCUCAGAUUUCUAAUUGUAGCUGUGAUGGCAGAAUGGGAGGAGGGUUGAAGCUGAAGCCCUGGUGUGCGGGAGUAGCGAGAAGAGGAACCUCACCACCAUUGCUUUUUCUUUUCCUCUUGUGUUGUGUUUCAUACCAAGGGAAAAGAAGUCGCGGGGAUGGAGUCCAGCCCUGAGGUGAGAUGGAAAGUGAUCAAGAGCAGUGACAGCGUGAAUCCUGUUGAUGCCAGGCAAGAGCUGCCCAACUGGG